AUGGUUAAUUAUAAUCAAAGUGUUGCUGUAUUUCUUCUUUUGUCCUUGGGGAUGUUCAAACUGGGUUCAUGCUCUGAAAAUCAGAGUCAGACUAAUAAUGUGACAGUGAAAUGCAUUCAGAGUGAAAGAGAAGCACUUUUCAGCUUCAAGGCAGGCGUAAAUGAUACUCCAGGUAAGCUUUCUUCAUGGGUCGGUGAAGAUUGCUGCCAAUGGAAAGGCGUAGAGUGCGACAACGAAUCAGGUCAUGUUACGAAGCUCAAUCUUAGCAACCCAGCUGGACGCCACAGGCGCUUUGAUUAUUUCGAAAGAGGUCCAAAUUCUCCGUGUACAUGGUGCACGGACUCUUGUCCUAGGUCUCGGCGGAGGUCAUUGCUCGGAGAUGUUAAUUCAUCUUUUUCUAGGGAUGACAAAGCAUCUCUUUCAGGGGAGAUUACUCGUUAUCUCGGCAAUCUGUCGAGCCUGACGCAUCUUGACCUUGAAGGAAACUACAAUUUGUUUAUCAGAAACUUGGAUUGGGUCUCAAGUCUCUCUUCUUUAGAGUACCUGUAUAUGGGGGGAGUGAAGAUCAACCAUACCAAAGCAGAUUGGCUGCAGGCAAUUAACAUGCUUCCUUCCCUUCUGGAGUUAAGUUUAUAUUCAUGUGAGCUUAAACACCUUCCAUCUUCCCUUACUAUCCUUAAUUUCACCUCUCUUCAUGUCCUUGAUUUAUCAUACAACCCAUUUAACACCUCCAUAGAUUUAAUCUACAACCCAUUUAACACCUCCAUACCUCAAUGGCUGUUUAAUCUUACGAGCCUCACAAGUCUUGAUUUGACUUUUAGCAAUCAAGGAGGAAAAGUCCUUGAUUCAUUUGGGAGACUUGGAAGGUUGAAAUACCUCUAUCUUGGUGGUAACCAUUUUUAUGGUUCAAUUCCAGCUUCUAUUGGCAAUUUGUCAUCCUUGAAGGAGUUGGACCUCUCAUAUAAUGAGAUGAAUGGAACCAUUCCAGAAAGUUUUGGGCAACUCUCAAAGCUAGUCAAGUUGUAUCUCUUAGAAAAUUCUUGGAAAAGUGUCAUAACAGAAGCUCAAUUGAUGAGUCUUACAAGCUUAGAAGAGUUUUUGCUAACAACAAAUAAAAGUCAGUCUCUAGUUUUCAAUGUGACAGAGAACUGGGUUCCUCCAUUCAGCCUCAAAUAUCUUCAUCUAGAAAGUUGUCGCAUUAUUGACCCCAAAUUUCCUCAAUGGCUUCAAGUUCAAAGUGAGCUUACCUAUGUCAUCCUAAAAAACGUUGGAAUCAAAGGCACUAUACCUGAAAAAUGGCUCUCUAUGAUAUCUUCUCAACUCACCCACUUGGAUCUAUCCAACAACCAGAUAAAAGGGAACUUGCCGCACCAAUUCGUAUUUCCAAAUGUGACUAAGCUAUUUCUACAAAGCAAUUUGUUUUCAGGUCCUAUCCCAUCAAAUAUUAGUGAUCUAAUGCCAAGCUUGCAAUAUUUAGAUCUUUCAGGGAACCUCCUCUAUGGUAAAAUUCCUCUGUCCAUAUCAAAAAUAAAACAUCUUAAUAUUCUUGUCCUCAGGAGAAAUAAUCUUUCAGGGGAGCUUCCUUAUCAUUGGAAUGAGUCACAAAUGGGCUUGCGCGUUGUGGAUAUUUCAUACAACAACAUAUGUGGAAAAAUUCCGAGCUCAAUGGGUUUCUUAGGAAACCUUUCUAUAUUAGUGUUGAGCAACAACAAUCUUAGUGGAGAAAUUCCUUCUUCCUUGCAAAAUUGUUCAAUUGUGAGCAUGGAUUUUGGGGGGAAUCGUCUCUCGGGGAAUCUUCCGUCAUGGAUAGAAUCAGACAUCUUCAUGCUACGCCUACGAUCAAAUCUAUUCAGUGGAAUCAUCUCUCGAAAAUGGUGCAAUCUUAAUAAACUUCACAUCCUAGAUCUUGCACAAAAUAAUCUCUUUGGGGGCAUUCCAGAUUGUUUCAACAAUUUUACUGCUAUGGUUGAUCACAACACCUUUGGGUUCAAGCCUAUUGAGAACUAUACAGAGAAAGCAUACAUAGUGACAAAAGGAAGGGAGUAUGAAUAUGAAAGCACUCUCCAAUUUGUUACAUGCAUUGAUCUUUCAGGGAAUAGUUUGACAGGAAGAAUUCCUAUUCAAAUAACAAGCCUCACUAGAUUGGGUACGCUAAACUUGUCAGCGAAUCAUCUAAUUGGAAGCAUUCCCAAGAAUAUAGGAAACAUGCGGUGGCUGGAAACACUUGAUCUCUCAAACAAUAGUCUUUUUGGUCCUAUUCCUGGAAGCAUGUCUUCUUUGACUUCCUUAGUACACUUGAACCUAUCUUUUAACAACUUGACAGGAAGAAUUCCAUCUGGUAAUCAGCUCCAAACACUAAAUGAUGCAACCAUAUACAAGGGAAACCCUUUGUUGUGUGGGUCUCCUCUUCUGACCAAGUGCCCAAGAGAUGAAACAUCUGAUGGCCUAACUAUUACCGAUACUGAUGACAAACAAGAUGGAGAUGAUUAUGAAAGGAUAUGGUUCUAUGUUAGCAUUGGACUCGGGUUUGCUGUAGGAUUUUGGAGUGUUUGUGGCACCAUACUAUUGAAGAAGUCAUGGAGGCACUGCUAUUUUCGUUUCUGUGAUCACAUCAAAGAUAGGAUAGUACUUCUAAUUGCAUUGCACAACAACAUUGCAAGGCUCAAUCCAAGAGAUUGCUAUUAUUGGUUGUGUGGGAAAUGUGCUUUUAGACACUCUAGUAUUAGCGAAGGGUGGGACGUUUUCGCUAAGCAUUUCUCUUUUGUGGUGGGGGAUGGUUCCCGCAUUCUUUUUUGGCAUGAUAAGUGGACUGGGGAUGUUCCUCUUAAAAUUAUUUAUUCUCAGUUAUUUUUGUGCUCAGCUAAUAAGGAGGCUUGUAUUUCUGAGGUAUUAAGCCCUCCAGUGGGGGAUAAUGACAGAGUGUGGAGCUUAAGAUUUCAUAGGGAAUUCAAUGAUUGGGAGUUGGCGGCUUCCCUUUCCCGUCUUCAUUUCAUCCAAACCCGUAUUCCUAGGGGUGGAGGGUGUGACAGGCUUUGUUGGGAUCUUAAUAGUAGUGGGAAGUUUGAUACUCGGUCUUUUUAUCAUAAGAUUAGAAAUGCAGCUCAUUCCACCUUCCCUUGGAAAGGAAUUUGGAAAGUUAAGGUUCCUAAAAGGGUGGCUUUUUUCAUGUGGACAGCAGCCCAUGGUCAGAUUCUUACUUUGGAUAAUCAUAUGCUUCGCGGUCGCCCUUUGGUGAAUCGUUGUUGCUUGUGUUGUUGCAAUGCAGAAUCUGUGGAUCACCUAUUGCUUUUUUGCCCGAUAACUCAUUCUUUGUGGAUGUAUAUGCUUCGGUUGUUCGGGAUUGAUUGGGUCAUGCCAGGUUCAGUUGUGGACUUUUUAUUUAGUUGGUAUCAUUGGCUUCCAAAGCAUAGCUCUGAUAUUUGGGAUUUGGUUCCAGGCUGUUUAAUGUGGACUAUUUGGACUGAACGGAAUCGGUGGUCUUUUGAGGAUGAGGAGAAAACUGUGGUUUAG